CGCGGCCUGGCGGGUGGGUAACGGCCGUUACCCGAACUGAGGGACCGAAGCGCCGCCCGCGGCUGACGUGGUGGCCGCAGUUGGCGUCCCUGAGUGAGGGAUUUCGCCGCCCGCUUUCAGGCCCACCUAGCUCCAAUAACCGUGUUGAUGACCAUGCAGGAUAAAUACCCAAGUGAGAGGAUCUCUCAUGCCACAUCACCAGGUUCCAGUGUGAUUCAGAAAGGCAGUUCCCUGGGGACUGAAUGGCAGACCCCAGUGAUCUCGGAGGCCUUUCGGAGCCGCUUCAGCCGCUGUUCAAGUGUAGCUGACAGUGGGGACACAGCCAUUGGCACAUCAUGCUCAGACCUUGCAGAGGAUUUUUGCAGUUCAAGUAGCAGCCCUUCUUUCCAGCCCAUCAAAAGCCACGUAACCAUUCCAACAGCUCAUGUGAUGCCUUCUACUUUGGGGACCUCUCCUGCCACGCCAAAUUCUCCUGCUGGACCCUCUCCCAAACUUCCUUUGUCAGGGUUGGCUGAAAGUGUGGGGAUGACAAGAAAUGGAGACCUUGGUGCAAUGAAACGUUCUCCAGGCCUAUCUAGAGAUUUCAUGUAUCUUUGUGGGGCUGCUGGAGAAAAUGGAGUUGAGCAGUCCUGGUUUCCAGCAGUGGGCCAUGAAAGAGAAGAGGAGGUGAGGAAGUUUGAUAUUCCCAAUAUGGAGUCUACCCUCAAUCAGUCGGCAAUGAUGGAAACACUUUAUUCAGAUCCCCACUACCGAGUCUACUUCCACAACCCAAGAACUGAUACAAACAAGGAGUUAUACAAAGUGUUGCCUGAGGCCAAGAAGGCACCAGGUAGUGGGGCAGUAUGUGAGCGGAAUGGACCACACCCUAGCAGCAGUGGGGUUCUCCCUUUGGGGCUUCAACCUGCUCCUGGGCUCUCCAAGCCUCUACCUUCUCAGGUGUGGCAGCCGAAUCCUGAUCCUUGGCAUCCCCGUGAGCGAUCUUGUGAACUCAGCACUUGUCGGCAGCAGCUGGAGUUGAUCCGUUUACAAAUGGAGCAGAUGCAGCUUCAGAAUGGAGCCAUCUGCCACCAUCCUGCUUUUGCUCCUUCAUUGCCCACGUUAGAUCCAGCACAGUGGAUCAGCAUCUUGAACAGUAAUGAACACCUUCUGAAGGAAAAGGAGCUCCUUAUUGACAAGCAGAGGAAACAUAUCUCUCAGCUGGAGCAGAAAGUGCGAGAGAGCGAACUACAAGUUCACAGUGCUCUUUUGGGUCGUCCUCCCCCCUUUGGGGAUGUCUGCUUGCUGAGGCUACAGGAGUUGCAGCGAGAGAACACUUUCUUACGUGCACAGUUUGCACAGAAGACAGAAGCCUUGAGCAAAGAAAAGAUCGAACUUGAAAAGAAACUCUCUGCUUCAGAGGUUGAAGUCCAGCUCAUCAGAGAGUCACUCAAAGUGGCAUUGCAGAAGCAUUCAGAGGAAGGGAAGAAACAAGAAGAAAGGGUCAAGGGUCGUGAUAAACAUAUCAAUAAUUUGAAAAAGAAAUGUCAGAAGGAGUCAGAGCAGAACCGGGAGAAGCAACAGCGUAUCGAGACCUUGGAGCGCUACCUGGCUGAUCUGCCUACUCUGGAAGACCAUCAGAAGCAGAGCCAGCAGCUUAAGGAUUCUGAGUUGAAGAGCACAGAGCUGCAGGAGAGAGUGACUGAGCUGGAGAGUUUGCUGGAGGAGACCCAGGCAGCCUACAGAGAGAAGGAGGUUCAACUGGAAAGCCUGAGACAGAGAGAAGCAGAAUUCUCCCCUGCUAGACAUAGCCUGCAAAAUAAGCUGUGUGUGGAGGAGACCAGUGGAGAAGAUCCAGCUCAACAGGGAGAAGGUUCCAAAGUGGAAAUGGAGUCCUGGCAGAAGGAAUGUGAUUCUCUUCGAAAGAUUGUGGAGAAGCAACAACAGAAGAUUGAUCAGUUGCAUUCACAAGUACAGAGCCUAGAGCAGGAAGUGGCUCAAGAAGAAGGAACAAGCCAGGCCCUGAAAGAAGAGGCGCAAAAGAGGGAGACAGCCCUGCAGCAGCUUCGCACAGCCGUGAAAGAGCUUUCAGUGCAGAACCAGGACCUCAUUGAGAAGAAUCUGACACUCCAAGAACACCUGCGCCAGGCUCAACCAGGGUCCCCAUCUUCAUCAGACACAGCUCAGCUGGCAUUUGAGCUGCACCAGGAGUUGGCCAGUUGCCUUCAGGAUCUGCAGGCUGUCUGUAGCAUUGUGACCCAGAGGGCCCAGGGUCAUGACCCCAAUCUCUCCCUGCUCCUAGGCAUUCACUCUGCACAGCACCCAGGGAUUCAGCUAGAUUUGCAGAAGCCGGAUGUGAUCAGAAGGAAACUAGAAGAGGUUCAACAGCUACGCCGAGAUAUUGAAGACUUAAGGACCACCAUGUCAGACAGAUACGCCCAGGACAUGGGAGAAAACUGUGUCACACAGUGAGGAAUGCUGGGGGUGGGACAGGUUGUGUUCCCCCAGGGAGAAUCUGGUUUGCUGAGAGCCCGGUCCAGCAGGUCCUGCUCUGACAAUCUUUUGCCUCCUAUUUGCUGCUAUUCCCAGAGAGGAGUGGAGGGGAGGUGUGAGCCUGCAUCUGGGGGCAAGGGCUGAUUAGAGAGUUUUGUUUGCCCUGCCCCGCACUGGCUUUGCCUUGUUGGAUUGCAUUUGUUCUGUCAUCCUGAUUCACCCUUUGAGGGUGAGUUACUAAUUAACUUUUGCAGGUAGACUGGUAAGUCCUCAUAGACUGUUUCCAGCUGUAGGCUGACGUCGAAGGCAAACAGGCUGUUCACCUCCUGCUCCAUCCUUUGGGCUGGAUCCACAUUCAUUCCCACUCCACAUCUUGGUCCUACUGAUGCCCAGAGUUCCUUAGAGGGCCCAAGAAAGGCUGAGUACCAGUAGCAAUGGCCAUUUGAGAAUUCCUAGGCCCCAUGUGCCAGCCUUCCUGGGACCUGAGCUGGCUCUGGGUUUUCUUAGGCCCAAUCUCACUGCUUCCUCAGGGCUCUUGUUCUCACAGAUGCCUCAGGGUAAUCUCUUCAUUAGCAAAGUACUCACUAAAACUGGGGGCCUAGGGAUUAUAACCAGAGCUCCUUCAUCUGUGCUACCAUGCUCUUUUACAGGAGACUCCAUUCUAGUUGCCCUGUGUCCUUGGGGCCCUGAUCAUAGGGUCAGCAGAGCCCCCUUCUCCUUUGUUCUCAGGCCGGCCAGGUAGCCCCCUUCUUUGGGCUUUAAGUGCAAACUCUACUCUGUGGUUCUGGGUUUGGGCAGGAUUUUCUCCCAGGAUACCACAGGGCAACUGUCAAGCUGCUCACCCCCUCCCCCUAGGGCUGGGUGCGGUGCCCAGCCUUCUGAUUUGUGCCUCUGUUGUGUUUGGGGAUGGGAGUCCUUUCCUGUUGUGGGCUCCUUGAGAGUUCAGAGUACCCAGUACAGGUCAGCUUUAAGGUACAGCUUUCAGUGUUUUUUGUUGUUCAUUUUUCUGGGGUCUUUGGACCCUCUGCUUUCUGAUUUCUCUUGCCUCCUCAUUGAGGGAGCAUCUUGCAGUUGUUUGUAUCUGGUUGUUGGGCCAGCCCCAGGCCUCUAGAUCUGGAACCAGGCCAAGCCAGAGCCAUAGGUGGGUGGGGUGGCACUGAGUUGUUCAGGAGUUCGGAUCUAGCCAGUGGAUUCUUGCUAGGCUUUGGGCUGGCGGGGCAGCGUCCUGGACCUCACUCCUGGGCCUGAAUGAGACCCUUCUUAAAUGUUUUUACAAGUUUGUGUUUUAUUUAUGGAGUGACUUAUCCCUUCCAUUUAGAGCAGCCCCACCCAGCCGUCUCUGGACUUCUGCCUCCUAAAAGCAGAGCUGCCUGAUUGGCCUCCACCCUGUAUUGGGAGCCCAGCCACCAUGCUCACGGGUAUUUUUCCUCAGAAUUUAUAAGCAGUUAUUUAUAUGAACCCUUGUUAUGUCAACUGGUUUGUAUUGCCUAUUUUGAUUACAAAAUAAAAAUUUAACAAAGUCCUCAGUUUUCCAUCGCCUUCUAUUACCAUCAUCUCGUACUCCACCCCUUACUUUGGCUUGUUGGAGCCAAAGCCUGGGGGUUUAGCCAAGUUCUCCAAACAGCAGCAAGGAGGCAACUUUGGCAGAUCAAGCCUCUCGUGUCUGUAUCUCUGCUGCUUCUGCUCCUCUUUCAUUCUGUGGGGACAGAUGAGAUCUUUCCCCAUGGCACUUCUGAUUGGGUGAAGCUGCCCUGAGUCGGAGCAAGUUUGUCAUUGAGUUUCAGUAAUCCUCUGAGGAGGAAGUCUGCUGCCUGUGAGUCGCUCUGAGGAAGUGGCUUCCCCAGAGCAAGGCAGGGCACUGUGUUUGCCUCAAGGAGCUGGGGUUGUCUUCCUGGGUUAUUCUCAGAGCCCUGGACCUGGGAGGACUUCAGAGUGGAGUCAUGUCCAACCCCAGACAGAUGGCUGAGUCACCACAGUGGGGCUGGUUGCUCCUUCUGAACUCCCUGCAUUUUGCUGGGAGUUGGAGUUUUGAAGUACCACCUACAGCAAGGAAUUGGGGUGGAGCUGGGGCCACCCCAAGACCAACUGUGGGUCUUUAACAAGGUCCCAGACUGAGGAGUCCUGACACCAACCUCUGCCUCCACCCAGUCCAGAACUAGAAGCCUCUUUCUUACCUUGGUCUCCGUCUGGCUCCUUGAGGGUGUGGCCCCAUCUGCUGCUACACCCAUGUCUAAACCUGCCUAUCUGAGCAGAGAGGAACUUUGGGGAAAAUGUCUAAGCAAGGGCUGUCCCUGCUGUGGUGUGCCUGCUGGGUUAGCUCUGUGUGGGUGGCCCCUGGGGGAAUGGGGCGGUGGUCCCUUGGGGUGAGGCCCCUAGCUGGAGAGUUUUAGGUUUGGAAACAGCCGAGACUUCAAAGCCCGGACCUGAGCAGCGCUGUCGUGGCACGGGGGUGGCUAGUUGGGUGCAGCAAAUGCGGGCGAGGCGGAGGAGGAGGCCUUUGCCAAACGCUCGCCCCUGCCCCACCCUACUGUCAGGUUGAUCCGCAGCCUCACACUAUGAGCCCUAGAACCGGGAGGGGUGGAGGGGACGGCCCUGCGUGGGGCUGGGGUCCGCCGCGCUCUGGGACCCCGAAGGGGAGGGGAAGGGGCCCGCUGGUGCGCGGGGCGGGGUCGCGCAGGCCCCGCCCCAGCCGCGCGCUUGUCUGCGCCACCCAUUGGUCCUGAGAGCGGUGACUCGCGGGCUGAGCAGGAAGGAAACCGCUCCCGAGCGCGGCGGCCUCGUCUCCAGGCCGUGCAGCUGCUGCUACCGCUACCCGUCUGCCUGUCUCUCGGUCUGUCGGUCCACCCGCAGCAUGAGCGGCCUGCGCGUCUACAGCACGUCGGUCACCGGCUCCCGCGAAGACUAUGAGCUCUUCGUGGAGGCUGUGGAACAAAACACACUGCAGGAGUUCCUGAAACUGUCCUGAACCAAGCCAGCGCCCGGACUCCGUCACCACAUUCCCCUUAGCAAUCACCCAGCCACGAAGGACCUUGUGACCAACCGCCUGGUAUUCUUAACCUUCUGACCUUGGAUCCCCUCCCCCUAACCCAUGACCUUUCUCCCCUCUCCUAACUGUAGCCCCUCCUCCAUUCGAAGGCAACAUUCCUUACCCACUAGUCUCAGAAAUUAACAGCCCAAGUGCUGGCUGUUGUCAGCCAGGUCCUGAGACUGCCACCCUUCCUGGCACUGGCUAAUGGGCACCUUUGCUGGUUCCAUUAGCCAGGGCUCUGCCAAAUGCCCCGCAAUCCCCAUCUGGGAGCACCGCAGAAACAAUUAAAUGUCCCAUUCCAUUGGCA